AUGGAUUUUGUCAGAUAUAAUUGGUUUUGUUCUAUGGACAGGAAACAAUCGACUGUUUCUAGAACAGUUUCAGUGCAAAACGAGAUUGAAAAAGAUAAGAAAGAUAGCAGUAGCUCAAUAGAAUCAAAAGACUACAAAGACUAUUCGAAAGUUACUAGCGAAAAGAAAACAAAGGAGAAGUCCGUAGCACAACCUGUAGGACCACCGGCCGUUAAACCCGUCAUAAACAAAGAGUCUGAUGGCAAAGAAAUAGUAUUGAGUAAAAAAGUUAGCAAGAAAGGAUCAAAAGAAUCUCGAACAAUCAAGAAAAUCUCACUUGAAAAAAUUGUGGAAAGAGAGGGGGAUGUUAAGUGCGAUAAGGAAGUGUCCCAAAAGCCAGAUGAUUCCGAACGUAUUCUUCAUUUUUCAAAGAAAAAAGUUACGAAGACACCAGAGAAGGUUGAGGAAAAAGUGGAACUCUUGGAGCCGACUCCAUUAUCUUGGAAAGAAGAAACAUAA